AUGGAUGUUCCUACCUCGCCAAUGCACUCUCCCAAUACCCCAUCCACGCCGGCACUGUCCGAGUCAACCUCACCCUCGUCUAGCGGACACGCCCUCCUCGAGCAGGACGGCCCCUCCAUCGUCGACGUUGGCCGGCGUGCAUCCUCCUCUGCUGUGCUAGGUGGUACAAGCAAGCGCCACUCCAUCCACUGGGAUGUCCUCGACGCAUCCGCAGCAACCACAUCACCCUCGUCUAGAGAGCACACACCCAUCUUGGGAAGUAAGCUGCCGCCCCUGCAGAGAUGCUCGUCCGAUAGGGAAACCUACAGACCAUCCCGUCCCCGUGGUUCUUCGCAUACCUCGUCGAGGUCUAUGACACGUGUCCAACAUCAUCCCAAUCCCUCCUCUUCCAGACCCUCCAGCAUGGCAUCCAGCUCCAGUGCAGGCGAAUGUUCCUCUCAUCAAGCCAGAUUCGGCGUGAAUGCCUCUCUCCUCAGCCCCUCUCUGGCCUCGGCACUGGGCAUUGGCGUUGAGGGUAGAAAGCCGGCGAGCAGUCUCUACAGUUCAAGUAGAAGCUCCAGCACCACCUCUCUGGUGGGUCUAGCCACUUGCAGCCCCUCUGCCCUCCCCCGCGGCCCUCGACGGUCUAUCAUCUCAGCAAAAGCAUCGAGCUCUGCACUCGGAACUGCUUUGGCCUCUGUGCCAAGCAGUGGCAGCGGCACGACGUCCAACAACUUCCGUCGACCUAGUCUUCCCAAUGUAGCGGUCGCUCAAAAUCGGUCAAGCACAAUUUCUGUGUCCUCCUUCGAAAGUCUGCCCGAGGGACAGCCAGUACCUGCCUCUACCGCCCCAUCCUUCGCCGGCGCCACCACCGAUCCUCUGCAGAGGAGUGCGACAUUCAGCGACCUCCCUUCACGCGGACCAGUGAUGGACUCGCUGGAGUUUCCCUCCUUGAUGCUACCUCCAUCGGCAUUGCCAGCACAUCCAAAGAGCAGCACUUCACCGACGUCUUCAUCGACUUCGAAUAGUGUUACUUGUGCAUCGGUGCCUAGCUCACCGGUGGGAAGAGAGGCCACAUUCGCUUCUACAAUGCCGUUCCCAUGCCAGAACAUAGCUGGCCCAAUUUCAUCGGCCUCAUCUUCGGCUUCUCGUCGGCGGGCUCUGCAUCGAUCGCAAACAGAGCCCACUGCGGGCUUUCCAACAGCUAGGCACGAAGAGAAUAUGAGGAAGAGGGGUCUUGUUGCACGAGAGCUGCUCACGACGGAGCAGGCCUUCGUCAGUUCCUUGCUGAUUCUGCACGAGGCCUUCUAUCAGCCGCUCCUCGCCAGAUGUGCGGGCAAUCGCUCAUCGCCGAGCUUGGAGGCAGGACCGAUGAUCUUGUCCAAGAAGGCCAUCAACGAUAUUUUUUCAAACUUCGUCGACAUCCUGCAAUUGAACAAAGAGCUGCUGGGCCAGCUGGAGGAGAGGAUUGGAGGCAAAGUAAGAUUGGAUCGCGCCCAUACGAUGGCUUCGAUGAGGAGGGCAGUAUCUCCUGUCGUCGAUGGUACGGUGAAACCAGCCGACCCCAAUCUUGAGGAGGAUGGGAGAAGUGCAUUGUCUUCUACAAGCAACACCAAGGAGGAGAGCAAUUCUUCAACAUCCCCUUCCUCUGCUCGAUGCUCUUGGAAUCCAGAAACCGAUACCGUGGGCGAUAUUCUCGUGCCCAUCGCGCCUUUCCUCAAGAUGUACUCCCUGUAUGUCAAGAACUUUUCCUCAGCCAUCGCGCACAUUGAGUCGGAAAGAAGAGACAACGAGGCAUUUGCAAGAUUUCUCAAGGAGACAGAGCGGAGUACUUGGGGUAGAGGCAAGGCGUUCUUCGGGCUCGGUCUACAAUCACAUCUGCUGACUAUCGUGCAGAGAAUACCCAGAUACAAGCUGCUGGUCGGCGACCUACUGAAGCACACUCCUUCCAAUCACAGGGACUAUGCAGACUUGAAGAAAGCCUUCCAGGUGAUCGAGCAGGUGGCGAGCACCAUCAAUGAGAAUGUGCGGCAGCAUGAGAUGGUCAUGCUCAUGCUGGCUCUUCAACGGUCCUUGACGGGUCUGACCUCGCCGCUAGUGGUCCCCGGUCGAUCUCUGCUGAGACGAGGGACACUUCGAAAGGCUUGCCGCAAGGACAUUCAACAUCGGGCGUUCUUUCUUUUCACUGAUUGCAUCAUCUACGCUCGACCUCUCACCGGAGGAUCGGCGAGCAUCGAGGCAGCCUGGAACAGCAUUGCUCGAGCGGGCGGCUUCUCCGCAGCUGGACUAGCCGCCGGCAUUGGAGGGCCAUGGUCGACGCCGUCUGCUGCUGGUUCGCCUCGUCAUGCCCUUGCAUCCGUCGAGAAUUCUAGCGAUGGCCACGGAGGCCGUGCUCGUGUAUCGUCUGGAAACCUCUUUUCAGGAAACGGCAUCUUCGAAGCCCUACAGGCUCAACAGCACCAGCAGCUACAAUUUAGGGAAAAGUACGCGCUGCAAGACUGUACUGUGGUCGGAGUGGAAGACGGCCACAACUCGAUGUCGAACGCCUCUCCGUUCCUUGAGUCCGGUGGAACGCCCUUUUCCUUUGAAAUUCGCACACCAGACAAGUCUUUCGCAGUUUAUGCUGAGACGGCUGAUUCACGAGAGGCAUGGAUGACGGCUAUCCGCGAUGCUCGGAAUGAAUGGCUGAAAGCGCGAAGGACAUUGCGUGCAGAGGAGGAUUCCAUUGAGGCCAAGAGAGAUAGGAGGCGAAGUGUCACGGCUGCAGCUUCUGCUAAAGCCAGGCAGAGCGUCUACUCCCUGAACAUGCCUGCCAAUAGCUUCCACGCCACCAUACCAGAGGGCACAGAGAUACUCGAAAGUUCUUUCGGCGGAGACGUAUCACAAACGUCUAUAAACGACGACAUUGCACAAACCUCGCUUGUGCCCUUUCCACUGGUCUGCGCGAAGCCUCUGCAGUCAGCACCUGCUCUUGGUCUCCCCUCAAGUGCCUCAUUUGCUGCUCUGCUUGGCGGAACAGGGGUCCCAAAUCUCUCCGCUCCUCUGCCUCUCCUAGAGGAAUACAACGCCCCAGCUUGGGUGCCUGACUCGAGAGCAGACCGUUGCAUGUCGUGCUCAGAGACAUUUGGAGUCUGGAGGAGAAAGCAUCACUGUCGGCUUUGCGGCAGAGUUGUCUGCUGGAGUUGCUCCACGAAGAAAUUCCUCAUCGCCAGCUACGAAGAAGGCAAGGAUGACAUCGUGGCACGAGCGUGCGAUGGCUGUUACGAGUCGACGUUCCCUUCGGACAGUCCUGACCUGGACUCUCUGCGAGAGGUAGGCCUCGAAGGUGUUCGACCCGCUGCGCCUGCAGGUGCAUCCACACAGCGACCUGACUCCUGGACCGAGACACAGACUUUGAUACCUGAAAGUCAUCACAGGGACUUAGAUUCUGACUUGUCUAGCUCUAUGGGCGAUGAGACUUUGACUUCGGGCGGUCCCGGAGUCAGAAGAAGCAGUGAGAAGCUACCAGCGGAGGGGGAGGAACAAGGCGGGGAAAUUCCAACCUCCUUGCUGCUAGCCCCCUUGCGAGCACUUGCAGUCGGCCAAGGCCUCAUCAGCCCUUCGGACGACAUUGGACCGUACCAAGCCGGAAGCUCGAGCACGCGCAAAUUGAGCGCAGGUCUCGACUCAAGCGCGGCACAUCAGGACGACCAUUCGAUAGUUCAGAGACUUCCGGUGUCGAUCGCCGCGCAAGGAGCACAGAUGCUCACUGCUGGUCGUCUGCUCAUGAUGUCAAAGUCUGAUACUUGCCUUUCAACGUCUACAGCUUUGUCGGACGGAAUGGUUCCGCAAAUUCAUGCAGCCACAACAGGAUCAGGUACAUUCCGACUGGCUACCCCUCAGAUCACCACGCCAACUGAUGGCAGUUUGCCCUCGGCCAAUCGCCUUCGGGACAGCGGCGAGCCUGUUGCGCGUCGCGCACUAGACCAACUCCCUUCGACAAGUCCGUCGUCACCCGAAGCAGCAAGGCCCCUGCCUUCAGAUACCAAGAGAAUGCUCAUCGGUCAGAGUGACAGCUAUUUUGCCGGUGCACUCCUGGCCCACGAAGACUCAGAGAGCGAAAGUCUGACUGUAUUGCCGGCUGGACAAGACAACGAAGGCGAGUUGGAAAGGCCCCCUUCUCUGUCUCCUUCUUCUCUCUCGUCUCCCGUGAGCCGAGAAUGCCGUGAAACGGCCGGUCCCCUUUCCUCAACCGCCGAAGCGGAGACUCGCUCGGCUGUUUUCGCCCCGAAUUCUUCGUCAGGGGCCGGAACCGGCACGAAGAGACCGCUGAGCGCUGCGGCGAGGCUGAGCUCUUACUAUAACGAUCAUCUGGCUCUGCGUCACCUCAAGCAGCAGAGCAAAGAUCAUUCCGGGUCGGGGAGGGGCAAACAGGCGCACGAGGCUACACAAUCUACUUUGCCCUGA